AUGCUGAAGCCCUCCUCCGCCCUGAUGGGUGCUGGCCUGGGGAAUUCAUGUGCCCUGAUUACUGAUGGCCGUUUCUCCGGCGGUUCUCACGGUUUCCUAAUUGGUCACAUUGUCCCUGAGGCUGCUGUGGGUGGCCCCAUCGGGCUGGUUCAAGAUGGCGAUAUCAUUACCAUCGACGCCGAGAAGCGCGUUCUCGACCUUGAAGUUCCCGAGGCGGAGAUUGCUGAGCGACGGAAGGACUGGGAGGCCCGUAAGGCGGCCGGAAAGCUGCCUGAGACUGGUCUUACUAUGAGGGGUACCCUCGGCAAAUACGCCAGGUCACAUCAGAUUGUCGAUCACCGCCAUGGGAUCUCCGAUUUGCUCCCUGUUGAGGCGGUGCUGCGCUUUGACCCGUCACCAUCCAGCGUUGUGGCGGUGGUCUCGCGGCCAGAAUCUACAAAUCAGCGACAGCUCCAGGGUCUCGUUUCUGGCCGAUUCAACCGAGCUGAACUCAGUGGUGCUGAGAUGGACCAACAUCAGAUUGACGAUAUGAACACGAUCGUCUUCGCCAUUCGUGGUACACAGAGCUUCCUUGACUGGGCUGUCAAUUUCCACACGGCGCCAACCUCCCCUGCUGGGUUUCUCGAUGAUCUCUCUAACUAUUGUCAUGCUGGGUUCUUAUCUGUAGCACGCAAAAUGGCCGGUCCCAUUGCGGCACGUCUGCGCGCCCUUCUAGCUGAAGACCCUUCUCGCAUGUCCUACUCUCUUCUGAUCACUGGUCACUCCGCUGGCGGAGCCGUGGCCAGCCUGCUGUAUCUGCAUCUUCUAUCAGAAUCACCAAUGGUGCAAUCUGACCUCACUCAUCUUCGGGGUUGCUUCAGGUCUGUUCAUUGCGUCACCUUUGGGGCACCACCUAUAUCUAUCCGCCCGCUACAACAACCAAAUUCGCCAAGUUUCCCCAAAUCGAAGUCUUUAUUCCUCUCAUUUAUUAAUGAGGGCGACCCUGUGACUCGUGCUGAUAAGGCGUACAUUGUCUCUUUGGUGGAUUUGUACGUUACGCCUGCUCCAGGGAUAACACUCCAUCGGCCCAGUGAUAACAAAAUUGCGCCGGCACCAAAUCACUGGCGCGUUCCUCCCGCCACUUUAGCCAAUGCAGGCCAACUCAUUCUGCUUCGUGACCGGAGUCCGUUGAAUGGUCCUUCUACAAUUGCACCAGCUCGAAACCCAGGCGGCCCUCCCCUGCCGCGUCGUGAGCUUUUUGAAGCGUGUGUGAUCAAUGACGCUCAGCUACGAGGAGUGGUCUUCGGAGACCCAUUAAUGCAUGUGAUGGAUCUUUAUGCUCGCAGGAUUGAGAUACUCGCUGGAGGUGUCUGGAGGGAAAGAUAA